GCUGUUUUUGACGCGCGUAACACAAUUGUAAACACCGGGAAUCUGAUGUUUUAUCGUAAAUGGAGCAAUAAAUCCACAGCUUUGUACAAGUGGUUAGCGUAAAACUAUCACUCGCUUUGUGAUUAAUCCGUAUCAAUUUAGGAUCUAAAGCACUGCACAAACCAUCUUUUGCUUCUGAUAUCAUUUUGCGCCACCGGUGGGUUUGUUAUUGAGUUGUGGAAUGAACUGAGAAUUGAAGAGCAAGUGUAUCUAUAAUGUUGAAAACAACUCCACUGUUAAAACAUGGUUUGCAAACUUGGAGAACUUCUUGGAGUCGAACAUUUUUCGGGAGAAGAAAAAAAUACGACCUUGGAACGUGCAAUCUUAUCACCGAACUAGGAAAUGUUUCUCCGGAAAGACGCGUUCCAGAACACAUCCCCAAACCACCUUACUAUUUCGUCCGGAAUUCUCCCAGCGAUGGUGAGGGACCAUCGGAAAUAAAAACAUCCGAGCAAAUCGAAGGAAUGAGAGAAAGCUGCAAGCUGGCUGCAACGAUACUGAACAAUGCCUGCUCUUUUGCAAAGGUUGGCGUUUCCACGGAUGAAAUCGAUGGCUUUGUACACGAGGAAACCAUCAAAGCCAAUGCAUAUCCGUCUCCAUUGCGGUAUUUGGGAUUUCCUAAAUCUGUAUGUACGUCCGUGAACAAUGUAGCGUGUCACGGGAUUCCGGACGAUCGAAAACUACUGGAUGGAGAUAUCAUCAACAUAGAUAUCACGGUAUUUUUCAACGGUUAUCACGGAGACUGUUCGAAGACUGUGCUUAUCGGGAAUGUGGAUGAUCGAGGCCGGUAUCUGGUAGAAUGCACUGAACGAUGCCUAGCUGAAGCCAUUCUUUGCUGCGGUCCCGGACAACCCAUUUGUGUGAUUGGAAAAUCGAUCGACAAAUUCGCUAAACGCAAAAAGCUGAGUGUGAUGCCAGCGUUUGCUGGCCAUGGAAUUGGCAGCUAUUUCCAUGGACCGCCAAAUAUCCUUCAUUUCGAUAAUGAUUACCCUGGUGUAAUGGUUCCGGGUAUGACGUUUACGAUUGAGCCGGUCCUUUCAUUAGGCACGUGCGAGGCGGAAGUGCUAGAGGAUAUGUGGACAGCGGUGUCGAUGGACAAUGCUCGCAGUGCCCAGUUCGAGCAUACUGUUCUCAUCACUGAUGAAGGUUGUGAAGUGCUAACGGUUGCCAGUUGAUGGAAAAUGCGAGAAUAAAGUAGAGUGUCGUGUUGCAGUACAAGGUA